AACUGUCACGGAAGAUGAGUAGGUAAAAUGAAAAACAACUAACUUCGAUCGAUGCAGUAAACGUGUUUGCAAUUUCCAAAUACUUUUCUCUUAUAUUACUACCAAAACGACUGUAAAUUAUCUUGAUUAUACCUAAACAAAAAAUAGCAGAAAGUGAAUUCGAGCAACUGCUAACCUCUUUCUACCUCUACACACUAUAAUUAGAAUCAGAAGCGGUAUGUUAUACUAAAACGAAUAGAAUCUCUCCGAACAUUACUAAUUAAUUAUGCUUGCAGCUCUAGCAAGAACAUCGCUACAUAGGGGACACAUAUGCACACUGAGGGGAACUAAACGUGAGUAUGAAAUGUUAGCUAAACUCACACCUAUAUCUAUAUUGCACAGAGUUAUGAGCACACGAAACAGAAAACCACAUAAACCUAAAUAUAGACAAGCAAAAUCGAAACUUAUACACAAUGUCAUGCAAACUUACAGCUAUAACACGAAUCAUAUUCGUUUUCAUGUAUUAAACAAGACUAACUGUUAAAAAUGAAUUCGCAGGAAAAUUAUAACUCUCCGUAUCCCAAAACCCUACGUGUUGGAUUGAGUUCAUAAUUUCGGAAGAAAUCCCCAUUUCGAACAAGUGUUGCUGAUUGGCAACAAUUUAUAAUUUUCGUUUAUACACUAAUUGCGAUGUCAGGCCGUGGUAAUACCGACGAUGGUAAGUCGUCGAAGGGUACGAAGACAAAAGGUACUAGCAGAAAGCAAGUGGUAAAUGAUGAUGUGGUUUUGGUGGUCACAGAGGGUACACAGGGAUCCAGAAACGAAAGAACUGCAUCUGACGACAUAUGUCAGGUAUGUCGGAAGUGUGAUGAUAAGGCCAUGGUACAGUGCGACGACUGCGACAGGUGGUGUCAUUUCACGUGUGUAGGUGUCACUGAAGAGGUCAAGGAGCUCAGUUGGGUUUGUUUAAAGUGCCAAUCUGCUCAAAAAGCAAAGUCAGCCAGUUCUUCCUCGCGACGCCGAGACCAACAGAAGACAUCCGAAAAUGCAGUUCUGAAUCCACAGUCCGGAGGAGCCAAGACGUCGAAUAUUCCUGCACUGGUAAUACAUACAGCUACCGAUGCUCAUUCUAGCCAGUCUGGCGGCAGAUCCCGAUCAUCGAAGUCGUCGCAGAGUCUUUUGAAGCUACAGUUGAUGAGAUUGGAAGAAGAGCGCGCAUUCGAAGAAGCCGAAGCUGCGAAGUUCCGGGAAUAUCUUAAGGAGAAGUACAGGUUGCUAGAACAGAUGUCAAACCGAUCAGAAUCGAGCUGCAGUAUCGCGGAGAGCCGUGUGGGUAAGUGGGUGGACAACGUCAACGAUGCCUUCCAAGACGAACGAGAGCCCGGCGGAGCAACGGAAGCGUUCAACCCCAAAGGACAUUCCACUACCCAUCCUCCUGUUAACCACCCAGAGAUAGUUUGCUCCCCAAACAGCACGCCAUUGUAUGGCGAUAGAAGUCCUCAAGCUAUGAUCGCUGAAUCCUUCGGACCAGCCGUGCGACGCGCGUCAUCUGCUGCCUCCGUAAACUACUACAGUCAACCUGCUCCAGAUAGAACCUGUAACCGUCGCUUAUCUGAAUUGGGCGAUCGCCACGGUUAUACAGCACGCCAACCAACCGCUACUCAACAAUAUCACCAAAUGCAGUACCAGUCAUCAAUUGACGAUGAUCCGUGUUCCCUUACACGAAGUCAACUGGCAGCACGGCAGGCAGUAUCAAAGGAUCUCCCAACGUUCGCCGGCAGCCCCGAGGAGUGGCCUAUCUUUAUUUCAAUGUUCAACAGCUCUACCGCGAUGUGUGGAUAUUCAAAUGAGGAGAACGUAAUACGUCUACAAAAAAGUCUCAAGGGCAAGGCUUACGACGCGGUUAAAAGUCGAUUGAUGCAUCCCUCCAAUGUGCCGGGUGUGAUUGACACUCUAAAACUGCUAUUUGGUCAACCGGAGGCGAUCGUGCACUCAUUGAUUUGUAAAAUCAACGCUAUUCCACCGGUAAAGGAAGACAGACUUGAAGCCUUGGUCGAUUUGGCAGUAAAUGUGCAGAAUUUCUGCGCUACCGUCGAUGCAUGUGGGCUAGACGACUACAUGUAUAAUGUAUCGCUCCUCCACCAGUUGAUCAAUAAACUACCACCAACUAUCCGGCUUGACUGGGCCCGUUACCGUCAGACGAUCCCAAGGGUCAACAUGGCGACUUUUGGAAAUUGGCUUUACUCGCUCGCUGAGGCCGCCAGUACUCUUGCGAUUCCACCUCUACUUCAAGAAGCCAGAUUGCCGAAAGUCGAUUCUCGUCCAACGAAGAAAACAAACAUGUUCCUCCAUACACAGUCAACACCAAGUGAGGAGUCUCCGGAACGUCCACCGGCUGAUUACCAUACGUGCCCACUUUGCAAGGGAAGUUGCAGUACCGUAGCCGUCUGUAAAAGCUUUCUUGAUUUACCACGUGACUCGAAAUGGGCGUCAGUAAGAGAGCUUGGUAUAUGCCGAACAUGUCUUCUACGUCACACGGGGAGAUGUGAUGCAAAACCGUGUGGGAAGAACGGCUGUCCAUACUACCAUCAUGAACUUCUGCAUAACGAUAAAAAACCUCAUCCAGUUUCCAAGAAUACUCCGUCAGUACAAGCUACAACUGUAGUCUCUCAAACAGACGCUGACCAUACGCAACGAUGUAAUACGCACCAAGCGGAUACCAACACCGUCCUUUUUCGAUAUCUACCAGUAGUUCUGCAUGGUGAAAAGGGAUCCAUUCGAACGUACGCCUUCUUGGACGAAGGGUCAGCGAUGACCUUGUUGGACCAGGAGCUUGCCGAUCAGCUGGAUCUUCCUGGCCCCAUAAAUCCACUCGCUCUUAAAUGGACGGGAGGCACCGAGCGCUGUGAAGAAAAUUCCCGAGUAGUGGAUCUGCGCAUCAAUGGAACGUAUAGCAAUGCCAAAGAGUACCCGCUGAAUGGAGUUCGCACUGUCAAAGAGUUAAUGCUACCUUACCAGUCUCUCGACAUGGACCGGAUGGCUCAGCAAUUUCGAUACUGUCGGAACCUACCUAUUGAGUCUUACUCGAAUGUUCGCCCUCGAAUCCUAAUCGGAUCAAAGCAUGCUCCAAUCGGCCUUGCGCUAAAGUGUAAAGAAGGGAAUCUGGAUCAACCCAUUGCUGUUAAAACCAGAUUGGGAUGGACGGUUUAUGGUGGAGGCAGCGACAAUUAUCCCGAAGCGGCAUACGUUAUCAAACAUAAGCACUACGUUGACGAUGCAAUGUUCAGUACUAAGAACUCCAAUCAUGCCAUUCAAGUAGCACAGGAGAUCCGCCAAAUCCACUCAGCGGGUGGCUUCGAGAUACGAAAUUGGGUGAGCAAUUCACCGCAGGUUCUGUCGGCUUUGCAAGAGGAUACGACAAGUGAGAGGAGUCUAGAUCUGACCACGAGCCCCAUGGCUACCGAAAAGGUAUUAGGAAUGUGGUGGUGCACCGCAUCGGAUGAAUUCAUCUACAAAAUCAAAUGGGACCGCUACGAACCGGAUCUUCUGACAGGCAUGAUACGCCCUACUAAGCGCCAAAUGCUCAAGAUCCUUAUGUUCUUUUACAAGAUGUUUGGCGAUCCGGUACUCAAUGGGAUGAACAAGUGA